CCUAAUAAUAGUACUCGUACUGCAAUUAUUUAAAUGAAGAAGGGAAAUCCAAUACGUGGAUGUGGAGAGUGCGUACAGAUUGGAGCGCCUUCCAUCCAUGAAGAAACGAAUCAUCGUUGCGGCAAACCGCAGUGUAGUGAUGGAUUUUGACUUGCGACGGAGUGCGCAUCGCUCUGCUGCGGUGUURRUUAUGAAUUAGCACUCCACWUCCACCGAUCGGGUCGAUUCAACUCCGUUCCCGAUUAGGAUUGCCUUCUGGGCCUUGAGUUCUGCCAGGCGGCCCUCGAUUUCCUGCUGGCGCGACAGGAGGUCCCUCUCUAGGUCCUCGAUCUCUUCCAGGGAGCGGUGGACCCCUUUGAAGUCGGGGGGAAGGGUGGGGACCCCGGGAUACAUGUGCCCUGGCACGACGUCGUAUUUCUCUCCCUUGUCUUCCUCGAACUUGCUGGGAUUGGCCUUGGCCCUUGCAGCGCGUUCCUCGGCGGUUCCGAUGUAGACCUCGUCGCGCUUGAACUUGACGAUCUUUCGGUGGAUGCGGGCCACCACCCAGGAGCCCUGGCAGAUGCCGGUCCACUCGAGUGCGAGGCAGAACCUGAGCAGAACGUAGGUGAUGGGAGUGGACAAAAAGGCCAUCGGAAAGGCCGACGCCACGAGCUGCCAUGCGAUGGAAGCCACGAUGGUGGUAAUGAGUGCCCCGAGCAGCCCUGUGGCGAAAAAGGCCUGGGUCGCAUCGGAGACCCCAAAGAUAUUUUCGUCCCCGGCCUGGAGCUGGACGGUGGUGACGCGGGCAAUGAUGAAAAAACAGAGCGUCACGCACAUCUGACGGCCGAUCAUGAAUCCGGGAAGGUUGCGCCCGUCGCCCUCGAAAAGGACGUCGCAGGUUCGCUUGGCCCAGGUAGACCUGGCACGUUCUGCCUCGGUCAUACGGGCCACGGCAAAGAAAGCGAUCUGCAUGCCCUCGAGCAUACCGACCACGGACAUGAAGAGGAAAAAGAGCAAGAUCGUCAGCCAGCUGGGGACGCCUUCCCACAUGGUGGUCUGGCCGUUGAGAAUGGCGUACAGGGUGACAGCAAAGGCGAAGCACAGAAUGGCAGUCGACACGAGGACGCGUGCCCAGAAGAAGAUGUUCUGUACCAGACUUCGUGGUGGUUCCUUGGAUUCGAGAGGCUGGCCAGCGGCCCACGCGAAAAAUAUCUGGACGGGGUAGCAACAGUGCAAGAGACCGGAGACCUCGAUCAACCGGGCGGUUUGCAUGGUAAAGUAGGCAAAGAAGUUAUUGACGUAGUCCAACAUGCACCUCGAGGCGUUCACUUGGGCCGAGAUCUUUCCGAUCAUGGCCGUCAUGAAAAAGACGGCCAAUCCGGUGUCCAGGAAAAUCUUGUUGAUGGCGAUAGGCAUGCCCAGAAUCGACAAGGACGCAUCGAUGGGGUGGACGCAGAGGUUCUCUACAAAGACCAGGGCCAGCACCAUAAACUGGCGUCCCAUCAGGUACCGAUCGAGUGUUUCGCCUUUGUUGAUGAUGGCCAUGAUCUUGUGGGUGGUGGGGUGGCUUUCCUUGUAGAGCUCCAUAUCCACGGGGGGGAGACCAACGAGAGACGCCUGUCCUCCCUCAACCAUGGAUAGCCAGUAGAGGGCGAUCCAAAAGAGAAAAAAGGCACCCCAUGCUGUUGCUUCCGAGAUCUUGGUAUUCUUUUCAAAGAUCACCGUGAGGACAAUGAUCGAGCAGAAAAUCAACAGGCACGUCGAAUAAAUCUCCUUGAACCACAUGAAGAUCCCCUUCUUCGAGGAGGGGGUGCCGUCAGUAGGCUUUGCGCUUUCUUCUCCCAACAUGGUGCAAAUUUUAGUUCUGUAAUAGUUAUUGUAUUGCUUGGUAAUUUUCUCUUGAGGGAUGGGAGGGUUGCGAGACAAUGGCAUCGAAUGAAAUUCUAUGAUUUUUUCGCAGAAUGCAAAAUGAACGAUCCUUUUCAGGGAUUGAAGCGAAAAUUGAUGGGUUGGUUUUUCCUUUCUACUUUUGCAACAAAAUUUGGCGGAUCCUUUCGGACUCCCUCCAGGCGUUCACAGGAUCCAUCGGAAACUCGAGCCGUUCGUUGAAAUUUCAAAAUCAACAYCUGAAUUCCAGUUUCGGUGCAGUUACCGGCGUGCCAUACGCAUCGCGCCAAACAUCCAAUCGAUCACUCGUUCGUGUCACAAGACAUAUCGGUAUAUCUUUAUUCGACGCCCAGCUUGCCGGGCAAUCAACGACUAUUCGGGUCGUUUAGAAGAUUCCUCCUUCUCAAAAGAAAAUCAAUCACCAGCC